GUACCUCUCCCUCUUGCAUCCUCCCGUACCUAUCUGUACACUGUAUUCUACGGGGGACCAGAGAGAGACGGAGAAAUGUCACCGCACGCGAGAUAAGGUGGUGUCCCUGCGAUGAUGGAGAGCCCCAUCAAGCGCCGAGUGUCCAAUGCGCAGCUGCGCAGUCCGCUGCCGGAUCUGGCGCAGGGGGCGGUGGCAAUCGAGCGCCUCGAACGCAGCGCGGAGGAGCUGUCGGCUGGCGGGAGUGACAUCGGCGAAGAGAUCAAGAGGUUGCGAGAGCGCAGUGCCAGUCGCAGUCGCAGCAGUCGGCAAAACUCACUUCAUCACCAGAACUCAAUCCAGAGCAGCCAUCAGGGAGAGUUUCUGCCGCCCUCGGCGCCCUGGAGGAUCAACAGUGCCAGUGGCCGCAGCACGACGACUAGUCGUGCCAAUUCCUAUGCCAGCAGCGUCGUAGAUGCGCGCUGGGGAGGCCAGCAUCAUAACAACAAUUACACCGCCGCUACCACCGCCAACAGCAUCAUCAACAACAAUAACAACAACAUCACCUCGCCCGGAUCCAUUGGGGGUAUUAUAUCUCCGAUCGGGAGUGUGCGCUCGGGCUCGAGCUGGACUCAGCCCUCGAUCCACCGCGCAGCCUCGGGGUCCAAGACAUCGCGCCUGGGCCAGAUGGUGGAGCCGCUACACGAAGGACGACCGUUGGACAGCCCAUCGGCUCCCAGUAGUGCGUCACUCUAUUCACAGGACCCCGCCAUAUCAUCAUCACUACUGUCGCGACAGGCAUCGCACUCCUCCUUUGUCCGCCGUUACGACCACAUUGCUGCCCAGAUCGAAGAAUCUCUCGCUACCAUACCACCGACGCCUCCCAUCGAAGAGGACCUCAUCAUGGAUCACGAUCCACGAGAGCGACGGCCCUCCACCGACACCUUCCAGGAGGCCCAGGCCGCCUUCCAGGACUUUGAUGGCGUGCACUACAGCCCUGACACUGAAGAGUAUAUUGAAGUGGACCACGAUGGUCAGGAGAUUCGGAGAGUGUCUGCAAGGACGUCGUCAGGCACGCUUGGGGAUAUGGCAUCGAUGAUGCAGCCACAGCCGCAGAGUAGACCGAUUUCGUCUGAACGUUCAUUUUCUCCUGGGCGGCCUCUGUCCAUGGCCUUGGGAGCACCGCCGCCGGGCGAAGAUAUGGUCUACUACCCUGCACCAGUGCCGCGAAUGCUGAAUCUGCCGAAAAGGCUCUCGAGACUGCCGCCCGCACACGUCCAGGCCCAGAGACGAUCCGAGAUGCUACAAGCCAUGCCGCGCGAGAAUCGAGAAUCAGCGCCCUGGAUACCGCCAAUACACUUUGGUGAGGAGGACAAGGAGAAGGCAGCGAGUGGGAGAGGCCGAUCGGGAUCAGUGGCAAGUACAGACGAGGAACAGCUUCCUCGAGGCAUGCUCAAUCAAAGGAUGAGUAUGGCCAAUCCGCCGAGUCUUCCACCACAAUUGCGUGCAUCCAUGUACUUCCAACAACAGCCUGUUGAGCACGAGGUGCGAGUCCAGGGUGGAUCGGCCGUUGCAACACUGGACGCCAUUCUCCAGUCUUCGGCCAAUGCACCGGUAACUGCUUUCACGGAUCAUCCUUAUGCGGGAGACGUACGAAAAAGUGUAUAUGCUCCAGAGCAGCCGAUGCACAAUCGAAAGAGCACAUCGACUACAUUGGAUCAGAGGAAGGAAGAAGCACCCAAAGCAACGUUAAAGAAGAAACGCAGUAGCAGCAUUGGCAAUUUCUUCCGAAGAAACAGCACGACAUUGGAUGGUGAGACCGGUGCGCAGGAACAGACGCGGCCUGGCAGUAUGCUCGACAUGAACGGGUCUGGCAACAAGCUACGAAAGAGACGCAGUCAGAUGAGUCUGGGACAAAUGAGUGCUGGCGACGACUUGACCGUGGAUCGUGGCGUGAGGACAUCAGGAGAUCAGAUCAAUGAUAUGACGAGACGGCAAUCUGGCCUGGUAGUGCAGGCUGUGAAUUCGGAUCCUAGCGCUGUGGAUCAACUGGACCAGCGGAAAUCUAGCGCAACUGAACAACCGGAAAGAGUCCUUGCCGAGGGAGAGCAGGUUGAUCAGGACUUCCGGGACGAGCAGGAACGUGAGGACUGGGACCACGAUGACCCUGUCUUCGCGCAGCCCUCCACACUUCUGGCCGAGCUCCAGGUGCGCAAGGCACAGCUCAAGUCGCGAAACAAGACCGCCGCGACCGCAUUUCCGAAUGGCAUGCAUAGUACUCUGCUACAGCUGGAUGCAGUUGAAGCCAUCGAAGCGAAGAAGCGGCAGAAGAAGAAGAUUGCGCUGGCUUGGGAGGACCAUCAGGGGAUCCCGGAUGACAAUAGCGAUGAUGGCCGAGAUGACGUACCACUCGGUGUGCUCUAUCCUUCGAAGCAAGGCAACGGGCAUCGUAAGAUGGGAGACGAGCGUGACUGGAAUCGACCGCUUGGCCUGAUGGACAGGCGCGAGUUGGAGGAGAACGAGCCUCUCGGGCAUCGGAGGGCGCGAUUGAACCCAUCUGCUCGGCCCCUCAACAGAGGCCAUACAAUGUCACAGCUGCACCUUGCAGGCCAGCCCGAUAUGCCUGUCGAGGACGACGAACAUGAAGGCGAGACUUUGCGACAGCGAGGCAUGAGAAUGAAGCUCGGGGGCGCAAUUUCCGACGUCCACAAAGAUGGCCAACCACCGGAUAGCAGUUUCACUGACGAGUUACUGGGACAAUUCGGUGGGCUGCAAGUGACCAAUCCUGAUGCCACUGCUUCGGAUCGAUCGACAUUGAAAGAAGCUGCAUCUCUGAAGCGCGGUGAGGAAGAAGAGACUCUCGGGCAGCGGGCUGCACGUCUCCGAAGAGAGCGGGAAGCGUCAGGCGAGUCGCAUCCAUCGCAAGGCCCCAGGCCUCCUUCCAUGCUGCGCUCUGUGUCCAGUAUGGCCAACCUGCUUGCAGAGAAUCCUGUUAGUCCGCUGCCUCACAAAGCACGUGACAUUGAAGCCGCUGAAGGCACUUUGCUCCAUACCAACCAGCAGCACCAAGCCAGGCAUAAACACGACUUGCUCGCCAAUAAUAUGCGCGCUUCGAGUUACAACCUCACUCAGCCACUGGUCGAUUCACGUCCGCGGAACACUGCUGAGCCUGGAGGUCUUAUCGGUAAUGAGUCUAGUAGACCUGCCAAUGGUCUCUUUGCAGGCGCAAGGAGCACUUCUGGCGUCAACACCACCGCUUCGCAUGCCCCUCCGAACAGAUCAACAAGUUAUGGUGGCCUUUUAGAACAGCAACAGAGUCGCCCCGCAAAUGGCCUUUUCAAUCCAGCUUCCUGGCACAACGGCUCGGCGGCUGCAACGCCGCAGCCUUCGCAACUGACGACGCCCAUUUUCGCCGGGCAAGGCUACUUCGCUUCGCCUACUGCGGGAAUGAAUUAUGGCGCGUAUGGAGCCCAGCCCAACAUGAUGGGCAAUCCGUACAUGCAGCAGUAUCAACCACAGAUGGUCAAUCCGUCUGCGUACUAUGCGCUUCAUGGAGGUGGCCACGUUAGUAUGAUGCCUACUGGCUACAGCUAUGCUCCACAACAUCAAAUGUUACAUCCUGGGCAACCUGCAACGGCUGCGCCUACAUAUGCAGACCCAGCUCAAGCCAGUUCUAUUGAGAGAUGGCGCCAGAACAUCGCUCCGGCCUAGGCGGGUUGGUGUUUGGAUUCGGAGGUGGUUACAGAGUGGUUGAUCCAUUCUGGAUAGAAGAAAGCGCAUGGCAGCAGCAUUCAUCAUUUUCCUUGCGGCAUAUACCUUUGGGCGUGGUUGAUUGACACAUUGACACAUUGGGACACAUUGAGACGAAGAAAGAGCAUUUGAAGGAGUUUAGUUUUUUUGUUUCUUUUUUGGUCUCUCACACUACACCAUAUCCCCCCAUGGCCCAGGAACGGCAUAGCAUUUUUUAUUUUUUUAUUUUUUUGCAAACUUUGAUCCAUAGGUAAAGCGAUGAUGAUAGGAGGGUAUUACUUGAUGAGAUUUUUCUCUACCACUACCACUACUACCUACCAUACCUGUGUGUUUUUUAUUUUACCUUGACUCUCUUACUGACCUACCCGACCUCUCUCGGCGGUCUGAUAUGAAUAUGACAAUGACGAGUACGUGUAGUCGAAUGUUGUUCUUGACUGUGUGUGUAGUAGAGGAGGUCAUGUUAUCUAUG